AUGUCUGACUCAGCUCAACUGUACCAUAAUAAUUCCCGAUUCGGAGACUGGCUGCCUUCGCCCGAAGAAGUCUGCAGAUGGCUCAGGGGUCUGAUAAAACAAGCCGAGAGCGACCCCAAAGAGCUUGAUCCUGUCAUUAAGGACUUCCAAAGUCUUGUGCAGGAUGACCCUGCCCUCAAGGCUCUUGCGAUAAAGAUGUUCGAGGAAAUCCCUCGCGUGGAAGGCGAUGCCACGUACGACGUCAAGGACUUUGACCAAACGCUGAAAGUCUUCAAUGAGAUCCUGACCUCUGCACCGUAUGUGCGGGCAACAGGAGCUGGAUUGAGCGCCAUCACUGUUCCUUUUAAUGCGGUGCUCAAUUGGCCAGCAAAUACAACAAGCGGUUAUGUGUUCUUCCUGAACAAGCAUGUCAAUGCAAAGUUGAAGAAAAUCGUCGACAGAUGGGGAGACUUUCUCAAAUACGACCCCAAGUCCACCGAAUUCAUAAACCACAAGGCAGAUUGCAACAAAAAUUGGUUCAGCACCAAUUAUCAAAACAUCAUGAAGGACUAUGCCCAGUGGCCGCGCGAUUCCCCUAUCGAGGGGCUUUAUAAAUGCGACCCUAAGUCUCCUACUUGGGGGUUUCCCAGCUGGGAUAAGUUCUUCACCCGCGAGUUCUGUACGGGUGUACGCGAUGUGAGCCAGGAAGACCAAGACGCCAAUGUGAUCGUCAAUGCCUGCGAAGCCGGCAAGCAGGGAGUAGUAGAAAGGGUCAAAGAUCGCGACACGUUUUGGCUCAAGUCCCAGCCGUAUUCGAUAAUCGACAUGAUGGAUUCCGACUCAUACAGUUCCCGAUUCUUUAAUGGCACCGUCUAUCAAGGCUGGUUGAGCUCCGCUUGCUAUCAUCGCUGGCAUGCUCCCAUCUCAGGGACGGUGAAGAAGAUAGUGCAUAUUCCAGGCACCUACUACUCUAACGUCCGAUCAAAUUUAUUUCCCAACCCUGACCCGUCGGGUCCGAACCUUUCGCAGUUCUAUCUAGCCUCGGUUGCUACGCGAGCGCUUAUUUUUAUCGAAUCGGAUAACCCGGCUAUUGGGCUGGUAUGCUUCAUUGCGAUCGGAAUGAAUGAGAUUUCAAGCUGUGAAAUCACGGUCUACAAAACCCAGCAUGUGCAGAAGGGCCAGCAGCUUGGAAUGUUUCACCUUGGUGGAUCGGCCUAUUGCUUGGUGUUUGAACAUCGCGUAAAGCUUGAGUUCCUGGACCCGACCAAGUCUCCUACAAAUCCCCAUGAGAUGUUCAAACUGAACAGCCGCUUGGCUACGGUGAAACAGUGA